AUGGAAGACGAGCCAAUCUUGCUCCCACUCGUGCUUCCUGGGAGCGCAGAGGUAAUCUCAGAGGCAUGUAACAACGCAAAAACUACCGCGCUAGCGGGAUGGAAACCGUCCAACUCCGGCGCUGAAGUCGCUUCAGUGGCGAUGGGCUGCGAGGACGGAUCCAUAUUUAUUUUUGGACCAGAUGUCCCCUCUACUCCCGCUACCGUCCAUGAUAGCAAAUCUCACUCGGUUGCAUGGCCACCCUCGCCAGUCCCGUCCAGUGUGGGGUCUUCGUACUUCAAACCGACAUCUUCCACCAAGCCAACUACAUUGCAGCCAUCAAAAUCACGCGUACAGGCAGGCAUAUCAAAGGAGCAAGUCGAAGCGCCAAAGAACUAUGUGGACUAUGAUGACGAGCCAGCAAAACUCAAAUCAUUACUCAAGGCCCGCGAACCGGUCAAAGAUCGUGGGCUGCUGGACAAUCUCAUUCCCGCAUUACACAUAGGUCACCAUCAUCAUCGAGGAAGUAGUUCCGAAAAUGCUUCUCAAGCUAUCGAUAAACAGUCCUCCUACUCCCAAGUAUCAGUUCAUGCUUCGUCAACUUCAACUUCCCCACCGGCUUCACCUACCGCCGCAAACCAGCGUCGUACCGAGUCAUAUUUCCAGUCCCCCAUCUCGGAAGGUUGGGUGCUGAAAGUCCACGCCAUGCCCCCGAGGCUUGCAUUCGGGAGGGCGGUGACCGCUCUCGCGUACCUAGAGGAAGGCUCCACGUUAGUGUCUCUUCAAGAAUGCGGGACUUUGUGCCUCUACUCCUCCGCCGAUGGGGCUUGCCUAUCGUCCAUGCAAAUUACCAGCACCUCAUCCAUAAAGCCACCUACCAACAUGCCAGCCAUUGAGGGCUCACUCAAGGGCGUAUGGAAGUGGAAAAAGUUAGCAUAUGGGAGCGUGGCAGAGACUAGAUUCCUGUUUGUAGCCGCUGCCGAUAUUACGACCACCUGGGACGAACCUAUUCACAAAACACGCAUAGCCAUUAUCAAAGUUAAAACUUCCGCGGAACGCGACUCCUCCGUGGCGUCGGAGUAUCUGAGCAAGAUUGGUGAAUGGGUUGUUGACUGUGCAUUGGAGACGGUGGGAAUGGUUGAGGAUCCAGCGGGCCUCCCCGUGUUCUAUCAUACUACCCUAUCUCAUCAGUUGAUAUUCCACAAGAUACACAUACUGGACAAGGUCAAAGUUCACAUCCCACCGCUCGAGGAAGAAGCGUCUGGCAGCUCCAUAAGCCUCCCGCUGACAACUAUACCUAUCCCAAAUCCAUUCAAGUCACGUCGUCCACGAGGUACCAGACCAAAGUCUGUAUACGAUAUACGGACAAACGAGGAAGGACGGGUGGAACUUGAACCCAUGGGCGAUCCAAUUCCUACUGGUUUUUCCGAGGCUGAUGAACCUACUAUCAUCCUCAAUAACAUGAAAAACGAACAGCCAAUCAUCAUUUAUACCACCAAUUGUGCCAAUGUUUUUAUAGUUCAGGAUGGAAAAGUUGUGUUUGUAGAGCAAGCAAAAGUAUCAAAUAUUCUCGAGGCCGUGAUUUAUGCGAGUGGAGCGUUCUCGCUUUGCGGAGAGGACAAGACAUACACAUUCAAUUUUGGUCAUGGUCAGAAUGGCAGUUGCCAUCUGGAGUUAUCUGGCACUCGCCCGAACGACGUAAACGAAUUCACGGCUACCAUCGACGAUUGCAUUAUCAAAACGUCCAAGAACACUCGCGGUCUGCGACGAAUACACUUGGCAAUGUACUUGAACGACAAGCCCAAGAAGUUAUGGAAGAGCAGGGCAACCUCCUCUAGUUGCUUCAUCACAAGCUUACUCUCUAUUGAUCUUACCACCAUCAUCCUUGGAUACGAUGACGGUUUCAUACGGAGAGCCUCUUUAUCGGAAGUCAUGGCUCCAAAUGAAAGCGCCAAAGUAUGCGGAGAGCCCUCGGAUCAGGCGUUGGAUGGAAAAAUUGUGCACCUGAGCCUUGCACGCAAUGAACGCUCGGGGGAAUAUUUCAUUGUUGGGGGAACAGACAGCGGCGUAGUUGCCGUCUGGGCUCUCCAAUCACUUCGUCUCGUUGCGCGAUGGACGCUGUUUGCCACACCGCUCGUUUCGGUCAUCCGCUUGAUGGACGAUGCUGUAGGUCGGCUCAAGGGAUCAAUAAUGUGCGUAGCAAACGGAGGCACAACCGCAUUGCUUCUUCUUGACUCUCUGGAGAUAGCAUUUACUGUACCUGGUGGCCCAGCUCGACUAGAGAAGGUCUGCAUAGGAGAGGAUAAUCUCAUGUUGAUCUAUUCAAACGAUACUGGCCGACUUUGGGACAUCAAGACGCAAGAGUUCUGGCGCUCGAUGACUCGGGACAAGGCGGAAGAGUUGUUGGAACAGGGUGGAUGGGUUGAAUGCUUAGUCGAACCAGGGGGGCCUUCAUUUUCUACCCCAGCCCUGGGGUGCCUUCAGAGGUCGUUUACCUCGCUUGAUACAUCGAGGACUAUGAUCAUCGACCUACGGCACAUCAUGAGCGUGGGAUCUGUGAAGUCCGAACCAUCUACCCUUAGCCCUGGUCAAUCAGAGCUCUACAAGUGUCUGCUUUCUUACUACCUAACAACUGGUCUCGAUGAAGCCAUUGACGAUGAAAUCGUCAAUAAACUAGAGAUUGCGGUGAUGCAUCCGUACAAUGGGUUAUGCGGCUUUGGUGGCGCAGCGGUACUGUUCAACCAUACAUCUCCCCGCUCCGCAUGGACUCUUUCGUCAAUAGCAACUACUAUGCGCCUUUUGGCCAUUUGCUCGAUUUUGCGCGCCUGGAUGGACGAACACGUAAACACAGUCUCGAUGUAUUACACGACUUCACUUCAAGAGACCGUUGGGAAGCAAUAUCAGCCACCGUUGCUUACGGAUAUUAGAACUUGUGCACGAAACAUCUUUGAUGCGACCGUCGGGCAGAUGAGCGACGAGGCUGUGGUCGCGACCGUAGAAGAAUUUAGGCAUCGCCUUCCAUGCCUGCAACCAGACGUUCAUAAAGAGUCUCCCUGGGCAGUAAUCGCACUUCUUGUCGUCGGCAAUAUUGCCAUCGCCAGACAUGCCGAACUCCCGCCUAAUGUCGUGACUGAUGUCGCAAAUUCGAUUGCAAUGUUUCUGCAUGACGAGUCCUCAGCGCACCGUAUCAUUGGAAUUGACUUGUCGUCGCGUGGACUGCAAAUAUGGCAAGCAUAUACGGACACGAUGGAAAUCCUCAGAUCUCUCUUCGACCUGGCGUCCACCACUCGCAAGGAUGCCGAUCUGCCUAGCAUCCGCAACGAAGCCACCCAGGCAAGGCUGGCCGUUCUUCACGUCGCGACGACUUGUACCCAUCUCUUCAUGACAAAACUGCUUCUUGAUGUCACACAACCGAGAACACCAGCACAUAGCCGCUCGAUUAUGCAACUCUUGGCCUUCCUUAUUCGAAAGAAACCCUUGGUUCUAUAUCAUAACAUUCCUCGUUUGAUGGAGGCAGUCGUCAAAUGUAUAGAUCCAAACUCGGCUCUCCGCGAAACAGUGUUAGAUGCUGUGACUGGUAUACUCUCCGAGGUCGUCAGAGUAUAUCCCACCGUGGAUUUCCAUCCGGCAUCUCAAAAAUUGGUGGUGGGCACGAACGAGGGGGCAGCUAUUCUUUACGACCUCAAGACUGCCACCCGGCUUUACGUCCUAGAGGGGCACAAGAAGCGCAUAUCUGCCUGCAGUUUCUCGCCAGACGGGCGUCGAUUAGUAACCGUGUCUCUCGAGGAGAGUGUCGUCAUGGUGUGGAAGGUUGGGUCUUCAUUUACCAGCUUCUUUUAUCCGGGCGCACCCCCUCGGCAAGGACAUUCGGGCUCAGAGCCAUUCAAGACGUUGAACUUCAAUGUUGGGUCAGAAGGUGAAACGAUCAAGCUCAAUGCUGGCAGUAGCUGA